AAAAAUCUUGGGCAUGUGAAGCUCACCUCUGAUAUGCUGAACGUAGUAUUCUUUCAGGUUGCCUCUGAGCUGUUGCUAUGUUUUUGUUUUCAGCCCAAAUGGAGGGGGAGAACAGACUUCCAUAUCCGAUUUGCAAAUUGGAUUAUAUUGUGAGUUAUUGUCGCAAGCACAUUUUAAAUGGAUCAGAAGCCAACAACUUCUCGAAAGCUGACCUAUCAAAACCAGAAACUGUACAGAGACUGUAUAUGAGAUGUCUACAGAUCGUUUUUGAUGCACGUCCAGAUUGCUUUUACAUGAUGCCUGGAGAUGAAAAUAUCCCAUACCCUCAACUUUCUGAAGGUUUUAUCCCACUUCUGAACCUUUAUGUUUGCAUGCAUAAUUUAAAAUCACUAUGUGCAAUUCCAUAUUUCGAGAUGAGUGACCUCUUGAAUCCUAAAUCAAAAUGCACCAUUGUCAUCAUGAGUGGCAUAAUCAACUUUCUUCAGUUCAGAAAAAGAACCCUGGAAACUUACCUGAACCAACAAAAAAGUUUUAAAUUGAAUCUGGAGCUGAUGCAACAAAUGGUUUCAUCGAAUGAAGAAAUGAAAUACAAAAUUGAAAGACUUAAUACCAUACCUCCUGACCAAAAGGCAAAGAUUGAUGUGCUGUCGGUAGAAAUAACUGAAUUGCAACAAGUCAUAAACCGUGAAUAUCGCCUCAAGCAAAAUUCCAUUCAAGAUGCAACUACGCAGCUGAAGACUGAAAUUGCAGAGCAAAAUAAAAUGUUGGGUCAACUAAAAUUGGAUAUAGCCAAUGCAAAAGAACUCCAAGCAAAGCUCAGACCUUUGAUUGUGGAAUGCCCAGAACAACUGAACAGUGAAAUACAGUCAAUGAGAGACACAGUAGAAAAGAAAAAGGAAGCCAUGGUAAACUUUCUUUCUACUCUUUGUGUCUCCCCUACCAUCAAUCCUAUGGAUGUUUUGUCGAAUCUGUACUCCAAGCUGCUGGCUGAUCUGGAACAAUAUCAUGAACGGUUGGCUGUCGUGACACAGAAGGCUACAUUUGAAGGACAUAAGCAAAUGGCAGAACUUGAGAAAGCCAUGAGUGAAAGAAUUUGA